AUGGCCCGAGAAAGUAGUGCCCCGAAUGAGACUGUCAGUCAAGAACGAUCAUCUGCGACCCCUCGCAAAACAGGCACCAAUGGACCAGAAUUUGGCAAGCCUUCGCCCAUCGGUCAGCAGCAAUGGCGGCCCAAGCCUGGUUCCAACCACCCUUUCAACAUCCCCAAGUCCAACCAGGCUCGUCCGGAGCACCACCGCCCUGCCAACCGACCUCAGCAAACAGCUCAACCAUACCAUGGACAUUUAAGCGGGGCUGUUCAAGCUCCUCGAGCACCAAGUGCACAUACCGGUCCAUCCCAAACUACCCAAGCGAAGCGCAGUGAACCAUUCGAUCCCUUCAAGCCCGUCCGCCCUUCCGCAUACAACGACACUCGUACUGCUAUAGCUCCAGGUGCAACUCCGAUAAAGCGCCCUGAAAAUGUCACAUGGUCGACCCCCCGUGCUCCGAGGGCACUUUUCUCGUCAAAGCCGGCAGCUGCGAAACCAUCUGUUCUCCAGAGCUUCGUCGAUUUGACUCGGGAUGCGAGCGACACAAGCAUUCAGAGUGGACGCUCUGUAGGCCAGCGAUCAGAAUUUGGUACUGGGGACAUCUAUGGCUACAUUGAUUCCGAGAAAGCGAAUGAGAACAUUAAGGCUCUCCUUGAAGGUGCAUUUGAAGAUGAGGAGGAAGAAAAACCCCGACCAAAGGCCAAAGGGAAGAACAAGAACAAGAAGAAGAAGAGCCAGAAGCAGCAGAAAGCUGAGAAAGCCGAGUCUGCGGUCAAGGCUAAGAAAGAUGAUGAUAUCGAUGAUUUGGCUGCUCAGCUUGGAGGGGUUACCGUCGACGACAAGAUCUCUGAUUCCGAAGCAAAAGAGCCACAGAAGAAACUUAAGAAGCCAAGUGGUGAGAAGGAGGAUGCUCUAUCACAUGACGAGGCCGAGGCUGAGGAAGAAGAACUAGAGGAAGAUGAUGAGGAAGGGGAAGAGGAAGAUGAUGAGGAGGACGAUGCGAUCGUCGAAGGCUUGAAAGUGACUCUUCUUCCUCAUCAAGUUGAAGGUGUCCGCUGGAUGUGCGACAAGGAAACUGGCCGACGUACGACUAAAGGAAUAUUUCCUAAAGGCGGAAUUCUAGCUGAUGAUAUGGGUCUGGGUAAAACCGUCCAGGCUAUCUCCCUGCUCCUCAGGAACCGCAAAUCACAUAACGAACACAGCGAUAAGUCAGACGAUGCGAGCGUACGCUCAAGCAAGAGCACACUUGUUGUCGCACCACUGGCCCUCAUCAAGCAGUGGGAAGCAGAAAUCAGCGACAAAGUCGAGAAAUCUCACAAGUUGAGUGUCUGCGUUUACCAUGGCACGAAUCGGGCGAAGACAUCAAAGUCCCUCGACGACUAUGAUGUUGUGAUCACAACAUACGGAACUCUUACGUCCGAAUCCGGCACAGCUGCAGCGGACAAGGCGAAGAAGACUGGCAUCUUCUCUGUACACUGGUAUCGGAUCAUCCUCGAUGAGGCGCACACCAUCAAGAACCGCAAUGCAAAAGCUACCCAGGCUGCUUACGCCCUGGAUGCCCAGUACCGCUGGUGCCUGACUGGUACACCGAUGCAAAACAAUUUGGAUGAACUUCAGAGCCUCAUCAAGUUCCUUCGAAUUAAGCCAUACGAUGACUUGGCUGCUUGGCGUGAUCAGAUUACCAGACCGCUUGCCAACAACCGGGGCAACCUUGCCAUCCAGCGACUACAAGUGUACCUUAAAGCUUUCAUGAAGCGCCGUACGAAGGACGUCCUCAAAUCAAAUGAGACGAAAUUGGAUGGUCCGGACGGAGAAGAGAAGAGCUCUAAUGGGUUCCAAAUCGUCAAGCGUGAGGUCAUUCGGGUAGACGCCGACUUUAUGGACGGAGAAAGAAAAUUCUACCAGCGUCUCGAACGACGUACCGAAAACCGCCUCGAGGAAAUGAUGGGCGGUGACAAAGUUGAUUAUGCCGGGGCUUUGGUUCUGCUGCUGCGUCUUCGUCAAGCUUGCAACCAUCCUGAUCUAGUAAAGAGUGAUCUUGCCGGGGACAAGGCAGACGUUCUUCUUCAAAAUGGCAAUGGCAGAAACGAAGCCUCUAAAACCGAGCAGAAGGACCUUGAUGAUGUGGCUGAUCUUUUCGGUGCGCUAAGCGUUUUGACGAAGAAGUGCGAUGAGCUCAGCCCGGGCGAAACAAAAGACGGAGCUACUCUUUGCACCGACUGUGAGACCGAUCUGAACACCAACUUCAUGACUAGAGAGAAAAAGAAGAAGCACAAGUCCAAGAAGCCUCGCAGCAAUCGCAAAGAGGCAGAAGUCAAGGCCUCACAAGCCACAGCUCCUCGUCCUCAUCGAAACAGGCGAGUGGUCUUGGACAGCGAUGAUGAAGAUGAGGCAGAAUGGAUUGUCCCCGAAGCCCAGCGCCCAGCUCCCAACUUGGGCAAGGCCGGUGGAUCUGACGACGAGGAUGCUGAAGGCGGUGGUGAUUGGAUUGGGUCAGAAGACUCAGAUACUGACGAUGAUCAAAUUGAUUCGCCAUCUCGGAAGAAGAGCAAACCGAUCAUACUAGAUGACUCUGAAGACGAGACAGACUCGGAGACAGAAGAAGACUCAGAUGAGGAUAACAUCUACGAAAACCCCACUGUUGGAGAGAAGGGGGAGCUGCCCUCUACGAAGAUUCGUCAUCUCAUGGAAAUACUUCGCAAGGAGGCACCUGACUACAAAUUCAUUGUGUUCUCUGUUUUUACAUCCAUGCUUGACAAGAUCGAACCCUUCCUACGGCGUGCGAACAUCGGAUUCGCCCGCUACGACGGUCAAAUGAGAAACGAUCACCGUGAGGCCAGCCUCAACAAGCUCCGAAACCAUACCGGAACCCGAGUCUUGUUGUGCAGUCUUCGUGCAGGCGCUUUGGGACUCAACUUGACAGCUGCUAGUCGUGUGGUAAUCCUGGAACCAUUCUGGAAUCCCUUCGUUGAAGAGCAGGCCAUAGAUCGUGUUCACCGUCUUAACCAGACUGUUGACGUCAAGAUCUAUCGUAUGGUUAUCAAGAGCACCGUCGAAGAGCGAAUCGUAGCUCUGCAGGACCGCAAGCGAGAGCUGGCAAAUGCCACCAUCGAGGGCAAGUCAGCCGCAGGCAAGCUGAACAUGCGCGACAUGAUGGCUUUGUUCGGACGCGAUGCAGAAAGCCGGUAUAAUGACGGUGAUCAGCAAACCAGUCUGGACUUCAACAAGCCUACUCGUCUUUUGAACGCCGCUGAGGAGCUUAUAUCUUCUACUUCAUCUCUGUAUUCUGGAUAUUCUGAUUACCGAGCCAGAGACCGCAAGAACCCAUCACACAGAUCAACUCCUGAUGACUCAGUGUAUGGUCGGCGAUGGUAA